AUGGAAAACCUCCACGCAGAGCAGAGGACUUCACACCUUGUCGACGAUCUCAAAGCUCAGUUGCUCAUCGGCAUCGAUGUCAUGGGCCCCGAGCAGAUCUCCUCAGAUUUUAAACAUCGUCGUGCGAUUAUAGGAUCUUGCGACGAUAUCGCUGUCCCCGUUGGUAUCUGCGCCAAGCCAGACCACGUCAAGAACCGACCGGUCUAUGCAUCGAGGACCAUAAUCCGGCCUAAGCAAUCUGGCAGGGUACCCAUCAAGGUCAAGACCACCUUGCCGCGCGAUCGCGAUCUGAUUCCUGAUCCCCAACUACCCAACGCUGCCAAGCUACAAGCUUUAGCUCAAUUAGUUGACUUCAGCAUCACACACGUUGAUGUUUUCAUUGCCUCUACCGACCCAGUCGUCAUUGACGACACAAUUGAAAUUGGGACAUUCAGAUUGGGACAAGACGAGUGUUGGGAUAUGAGAAAGGAAGAAGACCGAGCUACGAUAGACAUGAGGAUAUGGCGUGGAAUGAAUUAUACACCUUAA